GAAUUUGUGCUGUGCACAAGGCGCCCUAAAUAUGUCCGGCCGCGGGAAGCAGGGAGGCAAGGUCCGAGCCAAGGCCAAGUCGCGUUCGUCGCGGGCCGGGCUGCAGUUUCCUGUCGGUCGCGUGCACCGAUUGCUCCGGAAAGGUAACUACGCGGAGCGGGUGGGGGCUGGAGCUCCUGUCUACAUGGCGGCCGUGCUGGAGUACCUGACGGCCGAGAUCCUGGAGCUGGCGGGCAACGCGGCCCGCGACAACAAGAAGACGCGCAUCAUCCCCCGCCACCUGCAGCUCGCCAUCCGCAACGACGAGGAGCUCAACAAGCUGCUGGGCAAGGUGACGAUCGCGCAGGGUGGCGUGCUGCCCAACAUCCAGGCCGUGCUGCUGCCCAAGAAGACUGAGAGCCAUAAAGCUAAAAGCAAAUAAGUUCGACGAGCAAAGCUAUUAAGGCUUAGCACAUUUUAAACCAAAGGCUCUUUUCAGAGCCACCCACAGAAUCAGAAAAGAGUUGUGUUGCUUUCUUUACAAAGGUCUCUCAUGCUAUCUUUAAUUGCAACUUUAGUAACUAAAACGUAUUCUUGUUACAGUAAUAUAAACCUUAUUCCUAUCGAAUGGAGGUCAUACGCUUGCUAAUUCUCCCUUUAAAAUCAUUAAUUUGUUUUUUUUCCUUGUAACAGUAAAGCACUUAUGUCUUAAUAUU